GAGAGAGAGAGAGACGUUUGGGAGAUAAGAUAACCAUGACACACACACACACACACACACCACCCCUCCACUCUUCUCCACCUGCUCACUACUGUUUACUGGCCUCAUCCCCUUCACGCACAUAUUUCCUGCAUCCGUCCAAAGCAAAUGAAGAGCUGCUGAGCUGCUCCAAAAGAUCUGACGACCAUUUCAGCAGAGACCAGGAAAGGUGGACAACUCGACGACGAAAACAGCCAUGAAGGCUUACUUCUGGAAACCAGGCACGGGGUACCAGGCAGUGUGUGUGGCCGUGGUGGUGGCGGGGCUAGUGUGGCUAGUUUUAUGGCUCCUGUACCCCCCGGCGACUCCUUCAGAAUGUGGCGCCUCUCUAGCAAAUCUAAAAGACUCGCUGGUGAGGGCCAUUAGGGAGGAAGUGGAGAGGAAGGACGCCAACUCACAUCUUCCCAUCAUCUAUGUUAUCACACCCACCUACAGGCGACCGGAACAGAUGCCUGAGCUGACUCGCCUGGCCCAGACACUAAUGAAUGUACCCCGCGUACACUGGCUAGUGGCAGAGGACGCCCAGACCACCAACACCAGAGUGACGUACUACCUCCUGCAGACCGGCCUGUCGCACACCUACCUCCUGACGCCCAUGCCAGCCGAGCACAGGAACAAGACGGUGCGGCCCAAGGGCGUGGCCAACCGUAACGGCGGCCUGGCGUGGGUGAGGGAGCAGGCAAGAGAGGGCGUGGUGUACUUCGCCGACGACGACAACACCUACGACAUACGCCUGUUUGAGGAGAUGCGACACACACGGAAGGUCUCCAUGUGGCCGGUGGGACUCAUCAGUGGCAGUGGCGUCUCAUCCCCGAUCCUGAGAAAUGGUCGCUUCGUCGGCUGGUAUGACGGCUGGAUCGGCGGCAGGACCUUCCCCGUGGACAUGGCUGGGUUUGCUGUGGGCGUGGAGUACCUGCUGGAGCGGCCUGAUGCUCAAAUGCCUUUCACCCCUGGACACGAAGAGGAUGGAUUCUUGCGAAGUCUUGGCGUCAAACCUUCGGAGAUCGAGUUCAAGGCCGCCGAGUGUACGCAGAUCUAUGUAUGGCACACCCAGACCAAGAAAAACCACCCUUAUAGCCGAGAGAUCCUGAGCCCGAGGUUUGACAAGACCAAUUUGAGGGUGCUGCAGAAAGACAUAAUGCUCCAGCCGGGCUAGCGGAGGAUGGCAAAAUGUGGAGCCUUCAUUAACUUUUUUACUUGUGUACCUAUGAUUUGUUUUAUACUCCUCCUCUGAUGCUCUCUCCUUAGAACUCCCUCGGCGGGGUGGGUAUGUUAGUAGUAACAAAUGUACGGAAGUGGGGGUAUUUUUUGCGGGGACGCACGGAAGUGGGGGUUGGGGGGGUUAGCGGGGGGUGUGACGGAAGAGGGGGUAGCUGGUCUCCCCCCCUACCCACCCACCCCACACACACACAUAUCUUUCACCUUUUCACCCCCCCCCCCUCUCGGGCUAGCGUACGGAAGCGGGGGGGUGACGGAAGUGGGGGUGCCCAGCGGGGAGGAGGGGGUGGCGGAAGAGGGGGUAGGUGAAAGGUUAAGAUAAGAUCGCGGGGAACUAGGGCUCCAAUGACCACAAGAUUAUAAUCACGGAAAAGGUUAAGGACAUUAGGUUAAUGACCAGGCUGGAAUAUGUCCCGCCCACCUGUUCCCGGCGUCUUAUCUUUCCUUAAUCUCGUUGCCUGACCCUCCCAGGCUAAGGUCACGACCCCCGCUUGCUCCGGCUUGCGUCCACGCUCUCACACCAUACUUCCGUGACUUAGUGUUCACCGUGAUUCCGUGACUUAGUGUUCACCGUAAUUCAGUGAUUUAGUGUUCACCGUAAUUCAGUGAUUUAGUGUUCACCGUAAUUCAGUGAUUUAGUGUUCACCGUAAUUCAGUGAUUUAGUGUUCACCGUAAUUCAGUGACUUAGUGUUCACCGUGAUUCCGUGAUUUAAGUGUUCACCGUAAUUUAGUGAUUAAGUGUUCACCGUAAUUCAGUGAUUUAGUGUUCACCGUAAUUCAGUGACUUAGUGUUCACCGUGAUUCCGUGAUUUAAGUGUUCACCGUAAUUCAGUGAUUUAGUGUUCACCGUAAUUCAGUGACUUAGUGUUCACCGUGAUUCCGUGAUUUAAGUGUUCACCGUAAUUCAGUGAUUUAGUGUUCACCGUAAUUCAGUGACUUAGUGUUCACCGUGAUUCCGUUAUUUAAGUGUUCACCGUAAUUCAAUGAUUAAGUGUUCACCGUAGUUCAAUGACUUAGUGUUCACCGUGAUUCCGUGAUUUAAGUGUUCACCAAGUGUGCGUUGCAAUCUUUAUACGUCAUCGAGGAUCUUAACUGUAAUUGAUAUUGCUUGAAGAGGUUCAUCGGUAACUUCAUCGUCGUCUCACUGCUGAGCAGACAUCACCGCCGCUGUGGGACGAUAAGUGUUAUAACUUUACUGCUACCCGUACCUGUCACAGGGCGACAAAGUAUAGUAUUUCAACAACAGCACACACACUGUCUAAACACAAACUCGAGUGAUACAUUAUUACUUAUUAUAGCGAGUCUUUUAUUUAUUUUAUUACUAAAGUAAACGAUCAGAUCACAACUCACUGUAUUAACUUGUUCGUUGCCAAUUGCCAAUCGUUCCUGAGCCCCGCCCUAUUUAUUCCCAGGGGUAUAACUACUCCCGGUACCGCCCGUUAAGUCUGAUAUUUUCCGGGAUUAGUGAGGUCGGCUAAUCUUUUCACCGGCACUCCCUCACCAAGAUAGUCAGGUGUACGCGGUCAGUUUCUCAAGUAUUCACACACCCGCCCAGGUGUUCACACACCCGCCCAUAUCCCACAGCCACCAAGGGCUUAACGAAGGAAGCCACCCGGCACUCCUUAAAUAAUCCUAAAAUUGCCAGGGUCAACACAGGUGUUUCUAUUUUAAUCACCUUCCCUAUUCCUCUUUCUCCGCCCAUACACAUAUUUCCUCCCCCUCCUCCUCCUUUAACUAUUUCCUCCUCCUCCUCCUCUAACUCCUCCGCCUCCUCUAACUAUUUCCUCUUACUCUGCCCAUACCCAUAUUUCCUCUUCUAACUAUUUCCUCCUCCUCCUUUUACUAAACAAGCCUCUCUGCCGUCCAACUAAUUAACCCCCGCGGGACUCGACCCGACCCCUACCUAACUCCUUCUAGGUGUUCAGUACAACUCCUUCCUGGUAUUCAGCAAGCCACCCACGGGUUUCUAAAUAUAUCGUAACUGUAAAGUUUCUUGCUACAGAAAAAAAAGGGAAUUGUAACCAUGCCUAAAUAUUUCACUUGCGGUAAUUGUUCGCAGAAAUUUGCCACGAUUCACUUCCACCUCGGCGAGUCUAACUGUAAAUAUUGUGUCUUGGAUUCGCGUAUCCAAGCACUUAGCUCAAUAAAUAAUGAUUUGAAGCGCUCACAUGCCCUGUUAUGGGAUAUUGUGACAUCCUUCCCCGCCCUUCCCACUCCUUCCUCCUCCUCAACCUCAUAUUCUGACGUUCUGACCCAAUCACAUACCUCUGCCUCGCCCGAACCUGCCUCCACCCUAACUGUUCCUUCCGCCCAAUCUACCACCCUUCCUACCUCAUCCACACCCACUACCACACCCUCUUCCCCCGCUCUCUCUUCCUCUCCCUCCACCACUCUAGACUUCUCCCCUAUCCUCAUCACCACUCCAUCUUCCACUUCCACCUCCAACACGAUCUCCUCUGCCUCGCCUGAACCCGCUUCCAUCCUUACCACUCCUUCCACCCCAUCCACCUCCCUUCCUACCUCAUCCACCUCCAUCCACAGUACCACACCCACUUCUCCCGCUCUCCCUUCCUUUCCCUCCACCACCUUAGACUCCUCCCCUAUCCUCAUCACCACUACAUCUUCCCCUUCCACCUCCAACACGACCUCAGCCUCCUCCUCCACUUCUGAUACCACAUUCCCCUCCCUACACACCUUACCCUCCACCCUUCCCCAACCACCCACUACCGUCACUACCACCACUUCCAAACCCACCUUCGCCCGCGCUCCCUCUUGUACCUCACGCCCUGCCAAAAGAAACCACAAGACCAUUCUCCGAGCUGUCACUUGUACGAACCAGACGCUAUUUCCUGGCAUAGGCAAACUGACUACUAGAGUCAACUUAGUUGGCGACAGUCUGGUGAGAGGCCAACUUACGGAGUUUCGCGGUCGGAAUACAUUGACACGGCAGCGUUUCUGUAUCCCCGGAGCCAAACUGGACGAUAUUGAAUCAGCUGUCGAUGCAGUUUCAGUAAAUGCGAAAGACGACACAGUGUAUCUGAUCCAUGCGGGAACCAACGACCUUCAGUCAACUCAAUCUCAGGACCUGUUAGCAAAAUACCGUCAAGUCAUUCGGAAAUACAAGAUCAAGUCCCCUCACAUCAUCGUCUCUGGAAUUCUACCGAGAGUCAAUACGUUCGCCGGAUUUAACAAUAAAGCGUACGGCGUCAACACUAGUCUAAAAUAGUUAUGUAACGAUAAAGGCGUAGCGUUCACGAAUGCGUGGCAUCACUUCAAUCAGCGCCCAGAUUUGUUUUGGGAGGACGGACUCCACCUGAACGAGGUUGGUUCGGCGCGGCUUGGAAGGCUCCUGAACGAGGCAGUUGAAAGCUUCUCGAAAAGCUAUUAAAAAAACUGCAGGCGAGGGCAAGGCAAAGGCAACCCUUGAUCAACCGAACCGUAGCGUCGAUGCGGCUUGCAAGAAACUGUGUAACCAACGACGCCCCCGACAAGCGAACUCAUUCAACACGACGCGGCCAAACCAGGAGUCAUAUUUCCAUUUUGUACACAAAUGCACGCAGUCUAUACUCAAAAAGGACGAAAUUAGGGCGUAUAUUGCAACUGAGAAACCAGAUGUGGUAGCCAUCACAGAGACUUGGGCCAACUCUGCACAUCUAGUAUCUGAACUGUCAUUUCCCGGGUGCGAAAGCUUCCAAAAAAAUCGAUUGCACAAGAAAGGAGGAGGAGUAAUUUGCUACGUAAAAAGUACGCUCCCAGCCAUAAAAAUAGACAAACAAGACGCAGAAAGUUACGACUCCGUCUAUGUGGAAAUAACCGCGAAUAAUAAGAAACUAACACUUGCGACCGUAUACAGACCUCCAAAACAACAGGCAGCCGACGACACUGCCCUAUACGAAGAACUUCACUCUUUAAAACAAAGCAAAGAAGCAAUAAUAAUUGGGGACUUUAAUUGCCCUAACAUUGACUGGGGACUGAUGACUGGAGAUCAAGAGGGUAACAGGCUUAUAGAAAUGGUGGCGGAUUCGUUCCUCACUCAAGUUGUAACUCAACCGACAAGAGAAAACAAUCUGCUGGAUCUGGUAUUAGUAAGCGACCCCGACCUCAUUCGCGACUGUGAAGUUGGUGAAAAAAUUAAUGGUUGCGAUCACCACUUAAUCCGUUCCAAUGUCAACAUAAGUCACAAACUCGUAGACAAUCCGUCAGUGAUACCAGACUACAAAAAAGCAAAUUUCAACCUAGCCCGUGAGCUGCUUCCCCCUGCGAACUGGGACCAACUUCACCUAACCGACAAUAUAAUCGACAACGUGUGGAACAACUUCAAAGAUAAGCUUUUGCAGGUAGAGAAGGCUACAGUGCCUACGAAACCCAGGCGAGCAAAUGGUACCGUGGAUCCACCGUGGAUGACCACAGAAAUAAAAAGGGCGGUAAACUUAAAAAAAAAGGAAUUAUAACCUGAUGAAAGAAAAUGACACGGCCGAAGCCCGUACUCAGUACCACACCAGCCUCAGAGCUUGUCGCACCCUUAUUCGAAGUAGUAAACGCAACUACGAAAAACAAAUAGCGCGUGACAUCAAAACAAACUCAAAAAAAUUCUUCACAUACAUCAGAUCGAAAAAGAAAGUAAAAUCCAAUAUUGGUCCCCUGACAGAUGAGACUGGAUCUGUAACUCAGGACAGUAAACAGAUGGCCAGAAUCCUCAACAGUAACUUCGCAUCCGUAUUCACAGUCGAGGACAUCGAAACCAUUCCCGAGAGCCCUGACCCGCCGAGUGAGAUCACGCCCCUGGAAAUUGACACAAUAUGCGACCAAGAAGUUAAAAAGUAUUUGGACAAGCUCGACACGAACAAGUCAACGGGACCCGACGGUUUGUCACCACGGUUAUUGAAAGAGCUUAAACAACAAAUACUUCAGACACUCACUAACAUAUUCAACCAGUCUGUUAAAUUGAAUAAUGUCCCAGAAGACUGGAAGAUGGCGAACGUAACACCGAUUUUCAAAAAAGGAGACAAAAGCGUUGCAUUAAACUACAGGCCCAUAAGUUUGACAUCAGUGGCAGGAAAAAUACUCGAAAAGAUUAUUAGAGACAAACUUGUCAAGUUUCUAGAAGACAAUAAUGUAAUCUCCGACACCCAGGAUGGCUUCAGAAACAAGCGCUCAUGCCUAACAAAUUUAUUAGACUUCUUCCAAGGUAAAUAUAAUAACAGGGAUGCCCACAUCCCCAGUGAUGUUAUAUACCUGGACUUUCAGAAAGCCUUCGACAAGGUACCGCACGAGCGACUCCUUAAGAAACUGCACUCGGCGGGCAUUGGAGCCAAUCUGAUCGCAUGGAUAAGAGAUUGGCUCACCGGCAGAAAACAACGUGUACUACUAAACGGACAGCCUUCCGAUUGGCUUCCAGUCAAUAGUGGAAUGCCUCAAGGGUCAGUGCUGGGACCCAUUCUCUUCAUCAUAUAUAUCAACGACCUCGAAUCAGGAUUGAAAUCAACAAUAUCGAAAUUUGCUGAUGACACCAAGGUGGGUGGAAAGGCCCUCACAAAGACCGACUGCGAAGUCAUUCAGAAAGACCUCAAUCACAUUAUCGAAUGGUCAGAAAAGUGGCAAAUGUCCUUUAAUGUUGACAAAUGCAAAGUCAUGCACAUUGGGUCCAGAAAUAGUAACCACACUUACAUCAUGAAUGGGAAACCUCUGCAAGCGAUGCAGGAGGAAAAGGAUCUUGGAGUCACUAUCAGCAGUGACCUGAAACACGCGAAUCACUGUAAAAAAGCCUACAACAAAGCCAACACUAUGCUCGGGUUCAUAGCGAGGAACUUCGAGUGUAAAACGCCAGACGUGAUGCUAGCCUUGUAUAAUUCCAUGGUAAGACCGUACCUCGAGUAUGCAGUACAGUUCUGGUCUCCUAAUUACAGAAAGGACAUUGAUUUAUUGGAAAUGAUUCAACGACGCGCCACAAAGAUGAUUCCAACCUUAAGGGCUCAACCGUACAGGAAACGACUCAAGUGACUCAAUCUCUUUAUAUUGGAGAAAAGACGCCUGCGAGAGGAUAUGAUUCAAGUUUUCAAGUAUCUGAAAAAACUUCAAUAGCGUCGAUUACUCCCAAGUCUUUGAACUGCAAACCAACCGAAGAACUAGAAAUAACGGCUUACCCAUUCAGUCGAGUCGAUGUAACACAGACAUCGGAUGGAGUUUCUUUUCAAACCGAGUCAUUCGUCACUGGAACAAUCUUCCUUCAGAAGUAGUAAAUGCGAAUACCAUCACCUCCUUCAAAUAUAGAAUCGACCGUCACUUCACUGCGUCAGGAGUGAACUGAAUAUUGAGGUGCAUGUUUUCAGACAGAUUGCAACAAGACCUCAACCUAUAUUCAUAUAAUUCUCCCCCACAACCUAGAUUGCAAGUAGCGUAAGUCAACAAUAGAGUAAAGCAACAGUUAAUGUCCGCAUGACAGGUGGAGUGAGGUGUGGGUGCAGUAAGGCGACAGGUUACUGGUGCGUGCCUAGUACCGCCGGUAAAACGAGGAUCAAGUCUCCACCUGUGCCCCUGAAACUACACCUCACUCAUCAUGAGUAUUAGGGGGGAUUCUGGGGCUGCCCUGUGUAGGCCACUCGUCCUCUUCCAGUCUCCCUGUAUUUCUAUGUUCUUGUAUCUGCUCCUCAAUAUCGAGGUGCUUUUCAUCUGCUCCUCAAUGUCGAGGUGCUUUCAUCUGCUCCCCAGGCACCAAGUGGCUGUCGAGCAGAUUAAAUCACCAAAGCAGGCAGCCUCGUAAUGAGCCAAUAAGUUUUCUGUUGCCUGCAUUUCCAUGUUUCCCUCUCUCCCAUAGACGCACACACACACACACACACACACACACACACACACACACACACACACACACACACACACACACACACACACACACACACACACACACACACACACACACACACACACACACACACAUCUGGUCAUACGAGAUAAAAUCGCGGAAAAAAUGGUUCGAUGACAUCUCCAUGUAUCUAAGACCACGCCUUUUGGAGUCUUAAUGAUUCAAGUCAUUACAAUAAACCUCAGGUCAUUAAGGACUGACCUGAGGAACACACAUGCAUGCGCACACACGCACGCAGUAGUGGGAGAUGGUGCCAGUGACGGGACUAAAAAAAUUCGCGACUAUGAUCAAUAAUUAGCGCCAGAAACACGUCCAAAAAUUUAUACGUCGAAAAUCCACGACAGGCGGGCGGGCAGCCAGCCAGCCAGCCAGCCGCCGUGGGGACCUACCCACCACCCACCCAGCCGGGUAGUGGUCAAAGUUACCCAAAAGUGAUCCCCCCCACCCCCCCACCACCACCACCUUUCCGGCGUGCCCACGCCACCGUGGCGGUGGCUGAAUCGACAGAGUAACACCACCGCGUUCAGGAGGACGCGAGUUCAAUCCCCGCCCGGUGCCACCAAGCAGGGAUUUUUCAGCCGCCGCCGAGUGGCUUAAAACUACCCACAUGCUGUCCAGAAGACCACCUAUCAACCCGGACUCUAGAUUCUAGGAUUAAAGAUGAGCUCCGGGAGGGCAGCAUGAGCCAAUGCAAGAUGGCGCCACUAUAAACACUCGCCUGCGCCAGAACGGGCUGGGCCGACCAUCAGGACCCACCGGGAAGAAGCCUUGGGCCGACCAUCAGGCCCCACCGGGAAAAAGCCUACCGGCGCUAUAGGCCGCGACGUAAAAAAAAAUAAAUAAAUAAAUAAAUAAAUAAAAAAA